CAUGGGCCUACUUUGAAUCUAACCGGAUCUUCACAAAUCUUUUUUUUUUCCAUGCAUGCAUGCAUUUAAAUGUUAUUUGUAUCCUUGAGAUGUAAAAGUUUGGUUCUGAGUACCGUUAGUCUUCAUUGCAUACAUUUAUCUCUGAGGAUAUUGAGUAAUCCACUUAUGAACUUUUGAUUCUUUUAAAAUUCUUUAUUUAAAUUAACUGCAUACAAACACAUGGACAGACGACACCACGACAGAGAAGAUGAAGAGAGACUUCAAAGAUUCGAGCCACUGGGUGUUACGUUCUUAGAUCGAAAGACAGGGGUGGAGUACACAGCUGAUGGACAGCCAUUCUGGUUAUCCCAAGAGCAAUCAACAGACUCACAGAACUAUUCUGAAGAGGGUGCCAACUAUCCCUCCCAACCCUGGCACGGAGAAUACACUAAUGAAUCGAUGGAAUAUGACACCGCCAGAUUUCCAUACUCAGAGUUAGAAGAUAUAGCGCCAUCUGGCAAUCAGCAACACUGGAAGGAAACUCACGAGACUGAGAUCAACACGUCGUCUGCUGGUAAUGACUUUUCAAGAGUUUUCACCGUGACUGGAAAACAGCAAGAACCUCCUCCUUCUUACGGCAGAUACCACGAAUCCCAGCAAACACCUGCACAAGGCCGAUAUUGGUCCGAACAAACUCAGCAGUGGCAAGGAUACACUCCACAGUUAUCUGGAUCAACGCCACAGUGGUCUGCACAAGAUCAACAAUGGUCGGGACAAAACCAAUGGCCUAUGACCACUUCCUCUAACGUCACUGUAACACAGCCGUCCGUAACUAACAACGUGGUGAUUGUUCCAAGUUCUAAGCCUGAAAAUCAUUUAUGCAUGAGUAUAUUCGUCUUGAUCUGUUGCUUUUGGCCGGUAGGCAUCUGUGCUGUGGUUCAAUCAAGUCAGGUCAACGAACUAUAUGCACAAGGGAAGCACGUUGAAGCCGAGAAGAAAUCUAGAUCUGUCAGAAGCCUGAACAUUGCAGCAAUAGUUUCUGGUCUUAUUACCUACGGCAUUGCAGCAGUUAAUCUGUAUUUCAAACUUAAAUACAGCAAUUUAAUAUAAAAUGUGGAUAAUUCCAUCAAUGAAGUGCGUGUAUUAUUUGGGUUGCAGUUCGAAUGAAAUUUCUGUAUUGAAUGGAGCCGGUUCAAACUGAAUCAGUGCGAACGAAGCACAUGUAAGAUCUUUGGACUUUUAGAUAAAAAAAACAACUACGACCUGGGAACCAUUUCCGACCCGUCUCUUGAUAGUUCUACCCAUUGGACUUAACAACUUUUCUGUAAUGUAGCCAGUGACAAAUGUUUCGGACAUUGACUUGACCCUUAGGCCGAUAAAUGUUGGCCAACACUGGUCUGCAGUAAGGUUUCCCCUUUAAAAUCUUGCGAUUUAAAGAUCAACUGUUUCUACGGACCACGGUUAACGAGGAUAUCAUGUGGCCAGCUCAGACGAUCAACCUCAUUUACUUUCUUCAACUAAUGUCAGGUAGUCGUUAGAGUUGGGUGGACUCAGGGGCGUCAUGAAAAUCCAGUUUUCACAGAGCUUCGAACCCGAGACCCAUCGUUUCGGAAGCCAAGCGAUUUACCACUCAGCCACCAUGCCAUCUAAAGCUUGGGAGAAAUCGUUUGAGUUUCUGAAUAUACAACAUUCCCUAAACAUUCCAAUGAUUUCAGAGUUUAGGACAGUGAUUCUCAAACAAUAUUGAUAAAAAGUCAUUCUUCACCAUUUUUAUCAAGUCGAUAUAUUUGUACAAUUCCUCUUAUUAGCAUGCAAUACAUUCAUGGGCUCAAAAGGUUACACUAGAUAGAAACUGGGAACUGGGAACUGGACGGGUAUUUUGAAAACGGCUCUGACAAUUUUGCCCAAAAAUUUGACAUUAUAUGUACAUCUUUGGGAAAAAAUAAAUAACUUAACUAGUCACACAGUGAAAACUCUGGUUAGACCGUUAUAAUUUUUGAAAAUGUAAUCAAUUUAAAAUUAAAUUUGGCUUACUCCUUAAACGCAACUCAACGGGAAUUCCCUCAUUCGACUCAAAUGUUUGUUUCUACUCACUAAAGAAUGGAUGGAAUACAUCGACGGACCUGAACAUUUUGCGAAUCUCUUUAUGUAGAAAUUAGAUGAACUGUUAAUACAAGAGCUUGAUUGUGUAAGGUCACUGGUAAAACUCCUUGUAAUAUUGAACAAUUAUGGCGACUGUUGCCGUACGGAUGUUAAAGAUCAACAUCACUUUUAUAAAGAAGAAAUUGACGUUUUAAAAAAAAGUUGAAAAAAAAAGAUCAUUUACUGAAAUACCUGUUAGUAUGACUGUUACACACUGGAUAACCAUAGCCUACAUAUUUUAAGAACUACAAGUUAAUACAAAAUAACAUUCCAGCUGGAAAAAUCCGGUUCUAAAUAAAUAUGACAGGAAUUAUGCAUUCAGAUUUUGAUUUUGCUUAUUUGGAUUCACGAUUGAAUAGAUUUUUUUAAAAAACCAAUUGUUAACAAAGGUGGCGGACACAACGACCAAACUCCAUUAUUUUGCUUGGCUAAUGACAGUUCCCAAGUAUAGCUUACUGAACUCAAUGGGGGCUAAAAGGGUAGGUAUAAACAAAACUAUGUCCUCACCUCUCUGCGAUUGAGUGCGUAUUUGAUUUUUUUAUUACAAUUAUUUGUUGUAUAUUUACGUAAGUACAAAAAAGUGAAACAUUUUUAAUUUCCUUCCCAUAAAAGCCUAAAGCUUUUGGACCAAAUAACAGCUGACCAUUGGGAUGUCACCUUUACCUCGAUCCCCUCCCAUGUGGGCAUAGAGGGAAACGAAAGACAGAGAAGCAAAGAGAGCCCUAAAUCAAGCUGUGUCAGGAACUCAAACUCCCUGCUCGGACCUGAGACAAAGUAGAAUAUUAGGGGGAAAUUUUUUAAAGCGAACAACUAAAAAACACUGUUCGAUAAUGUCUACCCUGGGAAGGUACUGGGCUUUGUCGGGGAGGCUGGGUUGUCUACGAAGAUUUUAUUUGUGAAAUUGUGAAUAUAUAAUAUUUACAAAAGAUUUUGUAUUAAAUUAUUAAAUUUUUACUACCUUUACUAUUUUAACCGUGAAUAGACCUUGUUUUUAAUAACUUAACUAAAUAAAACUUAGCUUUUGUGGUAUGAAGGGAGAGUGACCUUUUAGGGAUUAAAGGCACGACAUGUGCCAAAAACUUUAUUUCAUUCCUAUUCUUCAAUGAUACAUGGCAUUUAUAUUUAUGUAUUGCUCCGUGGAGUCCUUGUCAUUCUUUUAUUCAAAUAAUCGAUGUACACAAAAGUCAUUUUACAAAUAUUAUCUAGCUUAAAAAAAAAAACUGUUGUCGUCUAUCUUUAAUAAGUGUGAAAAACAUUCACUUUUGUUGGAUUUUUUAAAAAAAAAGAUUUUUUUGUUUUGCUUUUCGUUUAAUUUUGAGAGAAGGUUGACGAGGGCGGCGUCUUUUUAAAAUGAUUAGAUGAUGUUGGAGAAUAAUUUAUGGUAAAAAUAAAUGAGAUUCAUUCCCUAAGAUACUCGGCAAGACACCCCAAGAUAAUGGCACAUUCAUCAAUCCAUCUGCUAGGACGAGUUUGCACAAAUGCUCCUUCCUCACCAUUUCUAUUAGAGCAUGCAAUGGGUAGGACGUAAUCAUCUUAUUUUUUUGCAGUAACGUCUGUAUUUUAUAACAUAAGUAACCCCGUACGUAAAGAGUUAAUCUGUGAAUAAUACAUGCAACAGUGUCACUAACUUGCAUGACAACAUGAAUAGCAAUAUUAAAUGGCAGAAGCGAAAUAUUUAAUAUUUAAUGUAAAAAAAAUAAAUAAAAUCGGACACUAAUUUGGGGCUACCCUCAAUGUGGGGGCCAGGAGAGACUUUUGAAUUAGGACCCCCUUCCAUCCUAGCUACUACCUAUAAAAUGCUUCCGAUAGCAUGCGUCUCCAUAGCCUCUUACAACCAGUACAGCUUCUGACCUUGGCGUUUGGCUCAGAUAUUGAGUCCGGUGGUUCGGGAAAACUAAAAAUACUUACAUUUAUUCGAGUGAGACCUCUAGAACUUUAUGAUUCUAUUUUGUUGUCAGGGGGAGGUAUGGCGAGAGUGAAUAUGUUACUUUGAUAUUUUGGUAUGAUAGUUAUAUCCCCUUGUUUAAGCACUCCCAUGUUAUGAAUGUGAAUAGUCUUGCACGUGUUAUGUACUGAAUGGUUGAAUGUGCGAGAGAGUGUGUUAACUCAGUGAGGCUUUAUUACCGGUCCAGAAAGGUUGUAUGGUUGCUUCCUGGACUGGUGUUUGUGUAUUAAAUAUUUAUUGAAGUUGUUGUCGUUAUUUGUGCUCUAUCGGAUAUUAUUAAAGUAUUAAAGUAUUAUUUGUGUUAUCCUUAUA